AUGUCAGCGUAUACAGAAAAUCCUUUGAUUUUCUGUAAUGCAUGUCUAGGAUCAACAGAUCCAGACUACCAGACCUAUAACCUUGCCGUUUCUGGAGUUCUACUUGCCGUUGUUGGGAUUAUUGGUCUUAUUGGGAAUGUUCUUGUCGUUAGUGUAUACACACAUGACGACCAUUGGAAACGCUCGACUUCAAUUUACUUGGCAGCACUAGGCUUCUCAGACUUCUUCCUAAUUUUGACGGCAAUGUUUCUUUUUGUUCUGGAGGCGUGGAGACACCACAAUCAUCCAUACCUGGCAUGGGCUUAUGUAUUCGGAGCGCCAUUGGUGUUUCCAGUAGCAGCCGUCUUCCAGACAUCCUCCGUAUAUUUCUGCGUAGCUGCUGCUGUUGAUUGUUUCAUAUCUGUUGUGCUGCCCGAAUCAGUUCGACAGCUUUAUUGCACGCCAAGGCGAGCUAAGGUGACAUGCAUCUGUCUGAUGAUUGUGUGCACUCUCUACAACAUUCCACACUUCUUCGAGUUGGAGAAAGUGGAUUGUAUAGCCAAUGAUGACUCCUUAAGUGCACAGAUCUGUCCAACAGAUAUUCGGCUUGAUCCGGCUUACUAUGCGAUUUAUUACACCUACAUGUACACCACGUUUUUGGCAAUUGGACCACUAGCGCUACUUAUUCUACUCAACGUUUGUGUUGUAUUUACAGUUCUCACGAGAAGAUCCGAAACAGAUGAAUCCGACACAAUAAGCUUGGUUCUCGUUGUUUUCUUCUUCAUAUUCUGCAACUUCACCGCACUGCUUGUCAAUUUUAUGGAAAUUAUAUUAAACAACCCGAAUAUUCUUGUUUAUUUUGUUGAUUUGUCUAAUCUCCUUGUGGUUAUCAAUGGGACGGCAAACUUCUUUUGUUACCUUAUAUUUGGCGCCAGUUUUAGACAGACUUUGAAGAAGAUAAUGUAUAGUUUCUGGAAGGAGAAACCGAAACUUAUGUGGACAAUGGAUGGCGACGAGAAGCUCCCAGACUCGCACCAUACAUUGCUCUGA